AUGGAGGUCAUCACUACUCUCGCAAAAGAGAUACAGAAUGCAGCUGUUACUGCAGAUGAGGCUGGCUGCAAGGAGUCGUUAGAUUCUCUCAGAGAUAUUCGAGAACUCAGUCUCUCCAUUGAUGUAUCUCAUGCCAAAUACGUUGCUAUACCCGUCGAAGACUUGGCUACUAAGUCCAAGUCUCUCAGUUGGGCCCAGGCAGCAGUCGUUGGUGUUCCGUACUCAACAGUUUAUUUGAUGCUAGAGAAGGCUGCUGCACGCGCCGGAGAUGUGGCGCCAAGGGAGCUGUCGAAAAAGCCGCAACAGAAAUCGGAAGGCCAAAGGACUCAAUACCAUAACUACAUCGAGGACAAAUGGCGCUGA